AUGUCUCCAAUCCCAAGAUAUGCCGUAAGACUCACGCAGAGAAUCAAAAAUUCCGCAUUUCGGAACAGGACUCUCGACCUUGUUGAGGAGGCGACUAAGCAGCCUGACCUCGCCCAUUUCACAAGAGCCAUACUCAAGAACCCAGCUCAUACUAGCCACACCGACCCAAGGGAACAUGCCACUGCCAUGUUGGCCACGGAGGAACAAGCAGCACGGAACAGGGCUCAGACUAUCCAUAUCUAUUUCGAUCCGAAUGGGAGAUAUAUCGGACAUAUGCUGUAUCCAGAGAGAGAUCAGAAGCCAUCGGACGACUAA